GGGAGGGCAGAAGCUGCUGGCUGGCACAGGGCCCUCUAUGUCUCCCUGAUGGGCUUGUCUUAUGCCACAGGCCAAGUCCAGAGCCGGAAGUGCAUCGAGGACGUCAUCAAGUUUGCGUGGGAGGAGCAGCUCUUCCUGAUGGCCGAUGAGGUCUAUCAGGACAACGUCUACGCCGAGGGCUCCGAGUUCCACUCCUUCAAGAAGGUCCUUUUCGAGAUGGGCCCCACGUACUCGCAAGUGGUGGAGCUGGUAUCCUUCCACUCCAUCUCCAAGGGCUUCAUGGGAGAGUGAGUGCCCCCCACCCACCCCCGGUCUGCCCCCCGCGCCGAGGGGCAUGG